AUAUAGCACAGAUGGAAUAAACCCCUUCACUGACUCAUAGCCACCGGGAUUGCUCCUCUUGGAAAGUCUGCCAUUCCCGACUCUUCUCAGCUCAGAAGCUACAUGAUGGCCAGGCUCCUUGUCCUGUGUGUUGCAGUUCUUGCCUGCAUCGGUAUUGGAUCUGCUCUGCAGUGCUUGAAAUGUUCGUUCACGUUUCACGGAAUGCCCUGCCAUACCACCACCACCACCUGCCAAGCUGGAGAGGUUUGUGCUACCAUCCGGGGAUCAUCAGGUGGCCAGGGCCUUAUCAUGAGGAGGAACUGCGUUGCUGAGGAGAAAUGCAACAGGAAUGACACGGAGAGUUAUGUGGGCCUAAAGUACACCACCACUUACUACUGCUGCCAGGGCGAUUUCUGCAACUCGGCUGCCACCCUGCCCACCAGCCAUCUCUCCCUGCCAAUGGCUCUGGCUAUGCUGGGCGUCUGGCUCAUUCGCCUCCUCUAAGACCUCUCCUGAGGAGGAGGAAGCAGCAGCAAUUUCCACAGGAUAGCAAAAAAAUAAAUAAAAAGGCCCCUAAAUCAUAAUAAUCCAAUCAUACCAAACACUGUAUCAAGUAGAUUUAACCCCUUCCUUCCUUCCUUUUGUUUCUUUAUACUUUUUUUAAAAGGCACUUGUUAAUGAAUCGUGGGUUGUGUUUCUCUCCUCCCUAUCUCAAAUAACAAGAACCACGUGCAAGUGGGUAAGGUUCCAGGCUGGAAGGGAGAGACUGGGGCCAUGUUGGGAGAAGAAAACUUCCUUGCCUUGCCUGCCAACACUUUACCCAUCCGCUUUGUUAUUUUAUUGCGAGAAGAUGCAGAGGCGGCAUUUUAUUAUAUGUUUUUGCCGCACAUCUGCGCCGGGUGCAUGGCGAAAUUCUCCUUACCAUUUGACAGGAAGACACAAAGCCUAGUUGCGGGUCGUUUUUAACCACACAUUUCACCUUGACAAGCGGUUAAAGUAAAAUUCUUGUAACCGCAUGGCAGUUCGCUUGUUCUCCUUGGGCACAAGUACAAAAGUUGCCUCUGCACUCGCAUGUGUGUAAAAGAGUGAAUAUGGAUGUUGAUUUGUACAGCUCAGCUGUUGUGUACCGGUCGAACGUUGCGUGUGAAUAAAUAUAUCCACCUACAGCUCAACCCUGAAUGAAGCGUGUAAAUACCGCUAAGGAUGAUACAGAGAAUGGUUGCGGACAACCUUUUUACCUCACAUCUAACUCCUGAGGUGUGGUAAAAUUCUGCUUACCGCCUGACAGAGCAAUACAGAAAAUGGUCGGAGAUGAUCAACGUGCCACACAUUUCGCCACACCUGUGCCCAUAGUAAAAAUUAUUCCUGUCCUUGGCGGGAUGAUACAGAUGAAGAAGCUACCUCAGGGUGAGAGCGUUCACCCUGAGGUAGUUUGUCAGAUCAUCCGGGUGGCUUUAGACAAUUGGAUAACGUGUGGCAUUGUGACAAAGCCAUUGGCUGGUAAAGCAGUUGCCUCCAUCCACUCCCUGUCUGAACUUUUUCCAGGUCCGGCAGUACCCAUUUUAGGUGUGAAAGUGCCACAGAGUCCCUUGUGCUUUUUUUGCAUGGGGUUUGUGAGCAUGGGAUCUACCUAGGCCAUAGGCAGUGUACAUAUUUUGCCUGGGCCCCAUAAAAACCCGAAACUGGACCCUCUUCCUCCCUUUCCAUCUUCUUUGUAUUUUCCCUUAUUCUUUGUUUCUUUCUCUUGUUCCCUUCCCUUUUCACUCAUUCGUGUCCAGUGCCUUUCUUUCUUUUUAUAGAUACGCUUUCUCCUCAGGCUUUCUUUUGGUCACCUGUUCUUGGGCCUUUUCAACCAUUUACACCAGGCAUCCCCAAACUUCAGCCCUCCAGAUGUUUUGGACUACAAUUCCCAUCUUCCCCGACCACUGGUCCUGUUAGCUAGGGAUCAUGGGAGUUGUAGGCCAAAAAUCUGGAGGGCCGCAGUUUGGGGAUGCCUGAUUUACACUCUGUUGCUCAUUCUGCUUCUCUCUCUCUCUCUCCCUCGCUCUCUCUGUCUCUCUCAUCCUUUUUUUGGAUUGUUUAUGGACUCUUUAUGAGUUCUUUCAUUUUAUAGCCGCCUAGGGCGGCAAAAGGGGUGUUGUGCUCCCCUCACAACCGCCUGCGGUCUCUUUUUCACAUGAAUAUGGCUAACCAUAACCACUCCUUCCCUUCAAAGUGGCUGUGGGAUCCAUCACAUAUUUUUUGACUCUCCCCUGCCUUCUCCUGAUGACAGCAGCGUGUCAAUGAGGGAGACAGUUGGAGGGCGAUCCCAGAGGACAGUUAAACCCCCUCCCCUCUCCCCCCCACAUACAAAAAAUGUGCUUUUACAACAUGGGUAGUGUCCAAGUGCUUAUAUGCAGAAAGAGGGGGGGGGAGAAACCCUCACAAAACUUAUCUGAGCUGCAAAUACAGCGAUGGGCUCACAGCUCCACAUUUUGCCUGCCCUAGGGGUACACACACACACACACACACACACACACACACAUUGAGCUUGUCCACACUUCUGCUGGUGCCACCACUUCCCCAUGGGCAAACCCAGUCGUUGCGGCUGAUUUGGUGCAAACGUCAGUUGGGUUUUCCUGGGGGAAGCCCAAUAGGGGAAAUGGAAAACUUCUCAGCCCUGACAUUUGCCUCCAGCCUCAUCAUUUCAUAGAAUCGUAAGAUUGUAGAGUUGGAAGGUACCCCCAAGUGCCAUCUAGUCCAACCCCCUGCAAUGCAGGAAUCGCAGCUAAAGCAUCCAUUUCAAGAAUCGGUUUCCUGUCUUUUCUGUUUCCCUUCACACCUUGCAUGUGGACUUUCUGAAAUCAUCUGGAAAUAGGACACUGGAUUAAAAUGGACCCUUUGGGCUGAUCCAGUAAUGUUAUUCUCCUGCCUUUUAGUUCCUCAAAAACCACAAUUUUUUUUUUUUGUCCACAAAACAUACAUUUCAUGCCGGCCACAUAAUCAAAGAUUUGGAGACAGGAGUUUGCAAAUAUCCAGACACUGCAGGGCAUUGAAUUAGGUAGGGAAAUGGGUUUUGUAAUUCAUGUAGCAGGGGGAAAUGUACUUUGGCUAUGCUUUUUUUAAAAAAAUAAUAAUCUAAACUUGUUUUCCAUGUGCAAAUCCAAACAUGUUGAUUGUUUGAAGAGGAUUUUUUCCCUUCCAAAGUGUGUGUUAAUUAAAGCACCUUAAAUCACAUAUUUCUGUUUUCUCACUAGCAAAGAGCUCAAAUUAUUAUUCAUGGAAAAAAUGCUUUUUUUUAGAAGAGAGGAAUUUUAUACUAGAGUUUUAAUAUUUGUUUAUGAGGGCAGCGGGGAGAAGAGACAUCCCCAAUAGCAGGUGCAAUCUCACCUUAAAGAGUUGAACACUCACUCGGGUUUCAACAUUCAAAUGUAUUGAAUUGUUCGUUUAAAAGUUGGGGGUUUGAACAUGGAGGUUUCCACAUGCAAAACCAAAAACGUGAGGAGGUUCCCCUCGCCGCCCUGCUUCCUCGACUUUCUUGUGGCUCCAAACAGCAACUUUUAUUGUAUCAAAAUAAAUAUGAUUCCUCCAUA